AUGCAAUCCAUAAAAAAGUGGCUAUACAAGCCAAAAAAGGGAGAUUCUUCCUUGCUGGCCCAGUUUUACUAUGCUGAUGAAGACUUAGCAGCUGUCACAGCAGAACUGGACAGCUUUGAUGGUCGCAAGGAUCCUGAGAGAUGUGCCAUGCUGGUGGCUCAGCUCCGCCAAUCCCAGGACCGAGUGCUCAACAUCAUCAAUGAAAUGAUGGAUGAAACUGUUGGUGCCGAACGGACUAAUCGUGACUUUAGAGUAAAAUAUCCUGAUGAUGUCCUUCAGGAAAACUUGGCUGGGCAAUUGUGGUUUGGUGCUGAGUGUCUUGCUGCUGGAUCCAACAUCUUGAAUCGAGAAUUGGAAUCUGCUGAGAUGCGUCCACUUGCUAAAGCUGUCAUCAAGACCCUGGAUCGAGUGCGAUCAAUGCUCCGGGAGCAGUGCAUGUCAUCAUGUCCAGACUACACUGAGAUGAUAAGGGAAAACUUCAAAAUUUUUGAUCGCCUCCUUGCAGAGUUUGAAUUCACUUAUGUGAGCACCAUGGUGCCUGUGAAGACAAUAGAGGAGUAUGACAUCCAACUGAAUGUCACUGUCCUAUUCUCAGAGACACUACAGCGAGCAGUGCGACUUGGCUUGGUUUUACAGGAAGGAGUUGAUGAUUGUGAUCCAGCUCUCAUGUUCACCAUCCCACGUCUUGCAAUUGUUGGGGGCCUUCUAAUCUUCCCCAAUGGACCCCUGAAUGUUGAUGGCCAUCCAUCUCGAAUGUCUGAGUUGUUUCGCCCAUUUCGCAAUCUCUUACGGAAAAUCAGGGAGGUUUUAUGGACUCUGAAUAAAGAUGAAUUGUGUGCUUUGGAGAAGGCAUUGUGCUCCACCAGUGAUCCUGGAAGCAUUAGUGUUAAUGUUGAGGAAGGUGAAUACUAUCCACUAGAAAGGAAACAUGACAUGUACCAAGAUGCCAUGACAGAUGCUCAGAUAACUGGAGGGCUCACACGCUCCACCUCUGAUGAAUCAUUCUCCUCUUCUCUGUCACAUAGCACAGACACCAUGACAAGCAUUUGUACUUCCCUACAAGAUGUGAUGCAUGUUUCACCUUGCCAUGAGCAUCAGAGCCACCAUUCCAGAGUCCCUGUUAUCCCAUGUGCUUCAGCCCCACAGAUCACUGUGAGUGAGCCAACAUCACCAGAAAGUUCAUGUGAUGAAUGUUCUGCAGUGGCCUCACCUUGCAACUACCAUUGCUCUCUGGAAGUGCCUUUGAGUGACAGCUCCUCAUCUGCAUCUGAGGGAAUGGAUGAGAAGGGUAGAGGCAUCCCCCUCCCGGCGCGGGCAGCCGAACUUGUCAACCAGCGUGAGAUCCGUGCCAAGUUUAAGGAUAGUGAGGACCUGAUUCAUAGGCUUUUUGUGUGCAUCUCAGGUGUUGGGGACCAAUUGCAGACAAACUUUGCUGGAGACCUAAGAAACAUCUUGAAGGCAGUGUUUGUGAUCAAUGCCACUCCCUCUGAGGAAGAAUCUUCUGCCUCUCUUGAUCAGGUGGAUGGUGGCAAUGAAGAUGAGCAGAGCAUUGAUAGUGCUGAAGAAGCUCAGGAUAUGGGUAUGGAUUUGCAGAUAGGCCCUGGUUCAAGUUUUGAAUCCAGUUCCAAUUCAGCAUCUCCCCGUGAAUCCAAUUCUUUCACAUAUGAGUCAGCCCAGGUGUUUCCUGAAGUUUCAAGUUCUACUCAGCAAACAUACCCAUCCAUAAGGUCAAACCGAAUCGAUGUGGUCCCCUCGGGUAAUGUUCCCAUUCCUGUAACAAGAGAUGACCAUAAUUCUGUGAUAGUAGAUAGCAACACUGCUUAUCCUCACUCUCCUCCUGCCUUGAUGAACAUGCCUACUUUGAGAAACAAUAUGAUCCAUUAUGUGGCAGCCCAGGAAUCAGAACCAACUGAUGUCCAGAUGAUUCAACCUCUCACAGCCCCUGGGGGAGCAAACAGGGCUCCAUUGAGGAGCAAACAGCCACCAGAGUGGGUACCUGAUGAGCUCGCACCUUUUUGCAUGGGAUGUGAGGCCACCUUCACUGUGAUUCGUCGGCGACACCAUUGCCGGAACUGUGGGAAGGUGUUUUGCUCAAAGUGUUGCUCCAAUGCUGUUCCCCUACCACACUAUGGACAUCAGAAGCCUGUGCGAGUCUGUAACCGGUGUUUUCUUUACUCAGUCACGCCUUUCACUGUGAAUGAGGUUUUAUGA